CACUGUAACUAGAACUUAAUUAUGUAUGUUCAUGCUUUGUGAUCUAAAAAAAGCUGGUGUUUUUUUGAUUUCCAUUUAAGAUUGUUUCAUCUGUCUUGAUGUGCGAGCUGGAUGGGUGCACAAUAAUGUUGACCAAAACUGGCUGAAUGGCAGGGCCCAGAGUGUUGUGGUCAGUGGUGCAAAGUCUAGUUGGAGACAAGUGACUAGUUGAGUACUCUAGGAAUCAAUCCAACUGUGUUUGACAUCUUCAUUAAUGGUUUGGAUGUCUGGGCAAAAUGUACCUUCAAUGAGUUUGCAGGUGACAAAAAAAAAACCAAACAACUGUGCAGUGGCAGAUAAACCACAGGGUUGUGCUGCCAUCCAGAGACUUCAACAAGUUGGAAAAGUGGACUAACAAACAUCUCAUGACAAGACAAGAUGUAUUUGACCCCUUAGAGUGCGAGAGCUGCUUUUGUUUAAAGAUCAGGAAGCAUUUUUUGUGUAUGGAUAAUAGAGCACUGGUACAAGCUGCCCAAAGAGUUCUUUCUCUCCUUUUUGUCUGCUUCUUUUUUUGCAGUGGGGAAAAAGGAGGAGUUUUUGUUUUUUGUUACAGCGCAAGCUUUUUGGACCACAGGCUUCAAUGUUUAUUUUCUGUCAGAUAAGAUUCCUUAAUAUUUGUGUCUAUGAAAAAGUGCAUCAUAGGUAAGGUCAAAUUGUAGUUGGUUUGGUGGCUAGGGCAAGGAUCCAAGCUCUUUUUUUCUUUUUUUUUUUCUGUUGCGGACUUUUCUCUACUGUGCAUAUUUCCAGUAUGAGAUUGUACUGUUUUCUUGGAAGGUGUUUCAUUGUGAUCCUCGGGAAACUUAAGAUUAUUGACUGUUCACGUUCGAAAUAAGUUUGUUGUGCAGGUCAUCAAAAGCUGAAAGCUUAAGUUAUUAUAUUUGUGUUUAUGUAUGUUUUGCCAGUGGACGAGGUAAGCACAAAGGUCUCAGACACCAAGUUAAAGAAGUUGUUUACUUAAGUUUAAAACAGUGAGUUAAUAAAUUAUGCAGCAAGAAUAAAACAGAACAAGGCAGUGCAACUAACUGUUACUACAUGAGGGUAGUGAUUAAGAAAUACACAUUUCCAAUUGCCCUAAUACUUUACCAUUAUUCAGAUCCCCAGCUGCUGGGGAGCCCCGGUUACAGCCAGGAUUUAGAGCCUUUUUCAGCAACUGGGAGGUUCUGUGCAGUGCACCCACUCGUAGGUGAGGUCUCCAGAUUUGCUGCAAGGGAGUCCAGCUUUUAAACUGUUGAAUAACCAAGUUUACCUGACAAUUAGGUGGAAACAUCUGGUUUCAUUCUCCCUUUGGAUUUCACCUAAAGCCUGGCCAGGGCUCAAGGAGGAGUCAAGUACGUUUGUGUACUCAUAGGCCUUGAAACAAUGCUUCUAAACAAGGAAAGCUCAGUCUCUGAAGAUCUUGGUUGCAGACGUGGAGAGUUCAGCAGGAAGCACUAUGGAUCCGUGGAGCUUCUUAUAUCUAGUGAUGCUGAUGGAGCUAUUCAGAGAGCUGGACGAUUCCGUGUGGAAAAUGGCUCCGCUGAUGAGAAUACAGGCUACGCUCCAGGUACAUGGCACAGGACAGAUGUGCAUUUGGAAAAUCCAGAGUAUUAUACAAGAUGGUAUUUCAAAUAUUUUUUAGGAAAAGUUCAUCAAAAUUAUGUAGGUACAGACUCAGAGAAGAACCCUUUCUUUCUGUCUGUUGUACUUUCUGACCAAAAUAAUCAGCGUGUUCCUCAAUACCAUUCAAUUCUUUGGAGAAAAACGGGUACUCAGAAAAUAUGUCUCCCUUACAGUCCCACAAAAACAUUAUCAGUGAAAUCUAUAUUAAGCGCAAUGAGUCUUGAGAAAUUUGAGAAGGGGCCAAGGGAAAUUUUUCAUCCUGAUAUACAGAAGGAUUUAUUGGUUCUUGAAGAGCAAGAGGUAAAUGGAUCUGUGAAUUUUAAAUUUGGAGUCCUUUAUGCUAAGGAUGGGCAGCUUACAGAUGAUGAAAUGUUCAGCAAUGAAACUGGAAGUGAAAGCUUUCAAAGAUUUUUGCAUCUCUUGGGUGACACGAUUACUUUGAAAGGCUGGACAGGCUACAGAGGGGGACUGGACACAAAAAAUGAUACCACAGGAACCUUUUCCAUCUAUACAGUUUACCAAGGGCAUGAAAUUAUGUUCCAUGUUUCAACAAUGCUACCAUAUUCUAGAGAGAACAAACAGCAGGUAGAAAGGAAGCGGCAUAUUGGAAAUGACAUUGUCACUAUCGUAUUUCAGGAAGGGGAAGAGACUGCUCCAGCAUUCAAGCCAUCCAUGAUUCGCUCUCAUUUUACACAUAUUUUUGCCUUAGUGAGAUAUAAUAAGGAGAAUGAUAGUUACAGGCUAAAAAUAUUUUCAGAAGAAAGCGUUCCUCUCUUUGGGCCUCCACUUCCAUCCCCACCUGUGUUUACAAAUCACCAGGAAUUCAGGGAUUUUGUUUUGGUUAAAUUAAUAAAUGGGGAAAAAGCCACCUUGGAAACACCAACGUUUUCUCAGAAACGUCAGCGCACUCUAGACAUGCUGAUCCGCUCUUUAUACCAGGACCUGAUGCCUGAUCUACACAAGAACAUGCUGAACAGGAGGUCCUUCAGUGAUGUGUUACCAGAGUCUCCAAAAUCAACACGGAAGAAGGAGGAAGCUCGGCAAGCAGAAUUUGUCCGACUUGGUCAGGCGCUCAAACUGAAAACUGGUGUGAAAGGGGAUACACCAGCUACCUUGGCAAAUACAAGCUUUUGUAAAAAGGAGCCUUGGGAGUCCCAGUCUUUCUGCAGUAAUUUUCCUCAUGAUGUCAUCUGUGCAGAUUCUUGGGGCCAGUCCUUGCUGGUUUCUACAGAUGCUGGCGUCUUGUUAAUAGAUGAUGGUCAAACUGCUGUUCAAGUAUUUGAUAAAACUCUGCAAAUAAAGCAGAUGCAUGUGUUGGAAGCUCUGGAUUAUUUGAUUGCCCGAACAGAUAAAGGGAAAGACUCCCGUCUCCUUGUCUUCAGAUUGAGUUCAGUCCAAAAAGAUAUAGAAACAAAGCAGGUGAUAAGAAGCAAAUAUGACUGCAGAGAAAAUAAAUUGGAGAGAACAAAAGGCUGCCAUUUAUAUGCUAUUAAUACUCACCAUGGCGGUGAACUCAGGAUUGUUGUGGCUAUUCGGAACAAACUACUUCUCAUCAUAAAGAAAUACAAUCCGUGCAACAGUUUAACAGGCAGCUCUCCAUCAUUAUCUGAAUCUCCAUUAGAGGAGUUCCAGUAUAUCCGGGAAAUAUGCCUUUCUGACCCUCCAGUGAUUAUGACGCUAGUUGAUGGACCUACUGAAGACAGUGACAAUAUGAUUUGUGUAGCUUAUCGGCAUCAGUUUGAUUUAGUUAACGAAAGUACUGGGGAGUCCUACAGACUGCAUCAUAUUGAAGCAAACAAGGUUAAUUUUGUUGCAGCUAUUGAUGUAUACGAAGAUGGUGAAGCUGGUCUACUAUUAUGUUAUAACUAUGUUUGCCAGUAUAGAAAAGUGUAUCCGUUUAAUGGUGGUUCUCCACUGAUUCAGCCAUCAGCUUAUGAUUUUCACUUUUGCUGGAAUCAAGUUCCUUAUGCUGUUGUCUGUGCUUUCCCUUACAUACUUGCCUUCACUACUGAUUCCAUUGAAAUACGUUUAGUGGUGAAUGGAAACUUAGUCCACACAGCAGUUGUGCCUGAGCUUCAACUUGUAGCAUCAAGGUCAGAUAUUUAUUUUAAAGCUACUGCUGCAGUAAGCGGAUCAUCUCAUAGCAGUUCUAAGGAAAUGAGUUCAAGAAGUUCACCUCAAACACCUGCAGCUUAUGACAUGCCAGAAUGUUCUCUUUCUUCUUCAGAAGUUUCAGGUGAAGUUACAUGUAAAAACUUGUAUAAAAUUCCUCUUAGUAAUCUGGUAGGGCGAAGCAUUGAACGACCUCUGAAGUCACCUUUGACUCCUAAAGUCGUCACUACUCCAACAUCCGGUGGCAUUACCUCUCUUCCUGUUACUCACUCACUAUCCUUAUCUCGCAUGGAAAUCAAAGAAAUUGCAAACAGAACACGUAAAGAAUUGCUGGGCCUCUUGGAUGAGCCUAUUCCCAAGACAGAAGGUUCACAGAAGCAAAAAAAGAUUCCUCGAAGACAGUCAGACCCCAAGCAGGGAGCAGUAAGAUCAACUAGUAGUGACAGUGACCUUUGUCUUCAUCUUUGCAGAAUAAUCUCAGCCUCUUUCGAAAGCUAUUCUGAGGGUCGUCAUCUUUCCACUAGUUCAGAUCCUGAUUCUGUAGCAAACAGGGAGGAGAGCUCACCAUUUAGCUAUCCAUUUCAUCUGACUUCUUUAUCUGAUGAAGACAUCAUUGACUUGAAGUGAAGACAGACAAGACUGUUCCUUACUUCACCUUUUCUUACAACUCUGUGAGCUCUGUAGGAAUGUCACAAACAGUGCUUCUAGUGGUAAAAUGUGGCUGGAAGUAUUGGUGAUUAAUCUUUAUAGGUCUCAUGUUGUUCUGGCUUGCUUAGCCUGGUUUGGUGAUGCUUGCAUCUUUGAUGUCUGUUUGUUUUCUUAUUUUAGUUAAUGAACUAUUACUUUUCUGUAGUAUUUUAAAGGUAGGUUAUCAAUGAGAGCUUCAGGCUGAAAUUGAAGUAAAUAAAAAGUAUUUCUUAUUCUGA